AUGAUCAGCAUGAGCGUCCGUGGUGUUGUGUCCCUGAAUAUCACGAUCGUCUUCGUGUCCGGACUGACGGGGCUGGCGGGCAGACCACUUCAUGAUAUCAGGCAGCUCAUGCGUCUCGACACGGACUCUUGUCAGUCGGACGUACCGGAUGACCCUCCUCUGGUGGUCAGCCAGCAGACGUUAGAGGAGACGCUUGCGCGCCUCGGGAUCUCUCCCGAGAAGGUGCGAUCUAAAAGUCGGACGAGAGGCGAGCUUACGGCUCUCGUCGGCUGCGAUGCCGCAGGGUCGACCAUGGAAAAUCCCCGCGAUGGCAACCGCGUUCCCGAUCCGGUGUCCCCGAAGACCACGAUAGCCGGACUGCGACUUGUCAUCGACCGCAUCAACUCGAUCAUCCAGAGACUUGAUCACCAGCUCCGUGUUCUGAGCGACGCACAAGAGCGAUUGCGAAAGCUGGCGUUGUUGACGACAGAGGAGGUGGAUUGGGAUGAUCCCGUCACGCAAAUUCGGUCGGAGGAAGCGCUCUUCGACUGUGAAUCGGAGGUAGGGGAGACGUAG